AUGACCAUUCCCCAAGUCUAUAAACAAGCCGUCUUCAAAUUCGCCGGCGCCCCACUGGUCAUCGAAGAAGCCCCUCUCACGCCGCCCAGUCCGAAUGAGAUUCUUGUGAAGGUGGAAGCAUGCGGCGUAUGCUUCUCGGAUGUGUUUGCGCAGAGUAAUGUUAUGGGUGGGGGAUUUCCCAUCGUGCCAGGUCAUGAGAUCAUCGGCCGUGUAGCUGCCGUUGGAGAGCACGUCUCUGGCUGGACAGUCGGGGAUCGCAUUGGAGGCGCAUGGCAUGGGGGACAUGAUGGAACAUGCAAAGCCUGCCGCAAAGGCUGGUACCAAAUGUGUGAUUCGCAGGUCGUUAACGGCGAGACCAAGAAUGGCGGCUAUGCAGAAUACUGCCUCCUCAACCCUGAAGCCGCCGUCCGCGUCCCGUCCCACGUCCCAGCAGCAAAAUAUGCCCCCAUCCUCUGCGCCGGCGUCUCCGUCUUCAAUUCCCUCCGGCACAUGAAUAUCCCUGUCGGCGAGACCGUCGCCAUCCAAGCUCUCGGCGGUUUAGGCCACCUCGCCAUCCAGUAUGCGAAUAAGAUGGGGUAUCGGGUUGUUGCUAUCUCACGAGACGCAAAAAAGGACAAGUUUGUGAGGGAGUUGGGUGCGCACGGAUAUAUUGAUUCGAGCAAGGAAGAUGCAGGGGUAGCGCUACAGAAGCUGGGCGGGGUGUCGUUGGUUGUUUCGACAGCGCCGACGGCGGAGGUGAUGAGUCCGUUGUUGAAGGGGCUGGGGAUUCUGGGGAAGUUAUUGAUUUUGUCUGUGCCGGGAGAGGUCCCGAUUGAUACAGUCACCAUGCUUAAAUAUGCGCUCUCGGUUCAGGUUUGGCCAUCUGGUCAUGCCACUGACUCGGAAGACGCGAUUGCUUUUACUGAGCUGCACAAUAUCAACUGCAUGGUAGAGGAGUUUCCUUUAGAAAAGGCGAACGAGGCAUUUGGUGAGUUUGACUGUCCGAAGGCAUCCCAAUACCAGCGUUAA